ACAGAGACAAAGAGACAGACUCAGAGGGUCUCAUGGUGCUGCUGGACUGGACAGAGACAUGAAGCCUGUUGAGACGUUGUCCCCUGGUCCUGACAAGAGAGACAUUGGUUGUGAUCGGAUUCUAUACCCUUCUACGUGAAGUGUACACUUGUACACUACCCCCGAAUUAUUCAAAAGCAUCACCUGGCCCCCGACGACAGAGAGGGAGAGACAUGUCUUGCCUGCUGCUAUGCUAAAGGGAGUUUCUGCCUUAUUUCUCCUUCUAAAUCAUUGAUGAGAGUGAACAAGAGCAGGCAACAGAAAGAGGGGGAGGCAAUGUGGUUUCAUUGAGUGUCAAUCAUAUGAGCUCAGUUUCCAUCUCUAAAUGUAUGAGCACAACACAGUCUGCAUGCCACUGCAGCUCUGACCGGAUGCCACUGCAGCUCUGACCGGAUGCCAUUGUGGCUCUGACCGGAUGCCAUUGUGGCUCUGACCGGAUGCCAUUGUGGCUCUGACCGGAUGCCAUUGUGGCUCUGACCAGAUGCCACUGUGCAGCUCUGACUGGAUGCCAUUGUGGCUCUGACCGGAUGCCAUUGCAGCUCUGACCAGAUGCCACUGCAGCUCUGACUGGAUGCCAUUGUGGCUCUACGUUAUUGCAGUCCAGUGGUGGUGUGAGUGAGUGCAGCAGCCACACCCUAGAGCUGUGUCAAUCUGCUGACUCACACUGCCUCCAUAAUAGAACUCUCUCUCUCUCACUCCCUCCAUCUCUAUCUGCCAAGCAGUGAGAGCCAUAACCCAUUACUGAACACUCUCCAGCUCCUUACAAAAUGGAAUGGAUAGAAGAUACACAGGUGCCUCGCGCGAGCAGCGACACAGGUGCCUCGCGCGAGCAGCGACACAGGUGCCUCGCGCGAGCAGCGACACAGGUGCCUCGCGCGAGCAGCGACACAGGUGCCUCGCGCGAGCAGCGACACAGGUGCCUCGCGCGAGCAGCGACACAGGUGCCUCGCGCGAGCAGCGACACAGGUGCCUCGCGCGAGCAGCGACACAGGUGCCUCGCGCGAGCAGCGACACAGGUGCCUCGCGCGAGCAGCGACACAGGUGCCUCGCGCGAGCAGCGACACAGGUGCCUCGCGCGAGCAGCGACACAGGUGCCUCGCGCGAGCAGCGACACAGGUGCCUCGCGCGAGCAGCGACACAGGUGCCUCGCGCGAGCAGCGACACAGGUGCCUCGCGCGAGCAGCGACACAGGUGCCUCGCGCGAGCAGCGACACAGGUGCCUCGCGCGAGCAGCGACACAGGUGCCUCGCGCGAGCAGCGACACAGGUGCCUCGCGCGAGCAGCGACACAGGUGCCUCGCGCGAGCAGCGACACAGGUGCCUCGCGCGAGCAGCGACACAGGUGCCUCGCGCGAGCAGCGACACAGGUGCCUCGCGCGAGCAGAGACACAGGUGCCUCGCGCGAGCAGAGACACAGGUGCCUCGCGCGAGCAGAGACACAGGUGCCUCGCGCGAGCAGAGACACAGGUGCCUCGCGCGAGCAGAGACACAGGUGCCUCGCGCGAGCAGAGACACAGGUGCCUCGCGCGAGCAGAGACACAGGUGCCUCGCGCGAGCAGAGACACAGUUAGUCCAGCUGCUCCAAGAUGGCGUAGCAGUAAGUCGUCCUGUCGUGUCCCUUGUAUAUAUCGUUUCUUUUUCGUUUUUACAUAUUUUUCUUCACAUAUCUCUUUAAAAACAUUUUGCUAAAACUAAGCUUCCAAAUACUCUCCUGCAACCCGCCUCACCCAAUGUAGCUAUUUUUCCUAAAUUAUUUAUAUUUACUUCGGAACCGGAACCCCUCAACUGAAGCUAGCCAGCUAACCACCAGCUAUGCUAGCAGUCUUCAGCUAACCGGUCAUCAGCUAACCUUUAGCUCGGAAAGCUCUCGCCAGUUCGAACAACGCGACUCCAACCAGAGCAUAUUUAUUUUUCAUCCCCGGAUUCCCACCGCAAACGGAACAUUUUUCAGCUGGAUCUUCACAACUAGCUAUCUAGCUAAACCGCAACCCCGGAUGAUUACUGCUGGCUAGCGUUUCCACCCACUUAGCUUGAAGCUAGCCUGGCCAGAGCACCUGUGCUACCACCGGAGCAUACUCCUGGGCUACAAUACCCGGGCCCACGACCGGUCUAUCGAUGUCACCGCAUGAAGAGGAAUAAACAGACUCACCCCAUCGCGACGUCCCCCAAAGGCUAACUCUCUAGCCCUUGCUAUCUCCUUGCUUGCUAAUUCGGCCUGCUAACUGCUAGCUUGUUUAGCCCUGGCCUACGAACUGUUAGCUUGUUAGCACAGGCCUGCUAACCAUCUAAAUCGCCGCGUCCCAAACACUCACUGGACCCAUAUUUACUUUCUAUCUCUUUUCGAUUUUUAAUUUGUUUAUACCUUCCGGAAACCUGACUCACCCAAUGUGAUACGGAAUCGCUAUUAUUUUUAAUUUUUAGAACACACUCAAGAACCUCCAGAAGCUAACCAGCCAACUAGCUACAAGCUAUUUAGUCAUUGUUACUUUUUUUAACCUGGAUAACACUCGCCAGUCCAGCCCCCCUGCCCCAUCCACCGCUGCCCCUGGACUCUGAUCACUUGGCUACAUAGCUGAUGCACGCUGGACUGUCCAUUAAUCAUGGUACUCCAUUCUGCUUGUUUGUUUUAUCUGUCGGCCCCGUUGCCUAGUCAACGCCAUUUUACCUGCUGUUUGUUGUGCUAGCUGAUUAGCUGUUGUCUCACCUACUGUUUUAGCAAGCUUUCCCAAAUCAACACCUGUGAUUACUGUAUGCCUCGCUGUAUGUCUCUCUCAAAUGUCAAUAUGCCUUGUAUACUGUUCAUUGUUUUAGUUCACAAUGGAGCCCCUAGUUCCACUCUUCAUACCCCUGAUACCUCCUUUGUACCACCUCCCACACAUGCGGUGACCUCAUCCAUUACAACCAACAUGUCCAGAGAUACAACCUCUCUCAUCAUCACCCAGUGCCUGGGCUUACCUCCGCUGUACCCGCACCCCACCAUACCCCUGUCUGCGCAUUAUGCCCUGAAUAUAUUCUACCAUGCCCAGAAACCUGCUCCUCUUAUGCUCUUUCCCCAACGCUCCAGGCGACCAGUUUUGAUAGCCUUUAGCCGCACCCUCAUACUACUCCUUCUCUGCUCCGCGGGUGAUGUGGAGGUAAACCCAGGCCCUGCAUGUCCCCAGGCACCCUCAUUUGUUGACUUCUGUGAUCGAAAAAGCCUUGGUUUCAUGCAUGUCAACAUCUGAAGCCUCCUCCCUAAAUUUGUUUUACUAACUGCUUUAGCACACUCUGCUAACCCUGAUGUCCUUGCCGUGUCUGAAUCCUGGCUCAGGAAGCCCACCAAAAAUUCAGAGAUUUCCAUACCCAACUAUAACAUCUUCCGUCAAGAUAGAACUGCCAAAGGGGCAGGAGUUGCAGUCUACUGCAGAGAUAGCCUGCAAAGUAAUGUCAUACUUUCCAGGUCCAUACCCAAACAGUUCGAACUACUAAUUUUGAAAAUUACUCUCCAGAAAUAAGUCUCUCACUGUUGCCGCCUGAUACCGACCCCCCUCAGCUCCCAGCUGUGCCCUGGACACCAUUUGUGAAUUGAUCGCCCCCCCAUCUAGCUUCAGAGUUUGUUCUGUUAGGUGACCUAAACUGGGAUAUGCGUAACACCCCGGCAGUCCUACAAUCUAAGCUAGAUGCCCUCAAUCUCACACAAAUCAUCAAGGAACCCACCAGGUACAACCCCAACUCUGUAAGCAAGGGCACCCUCAUAGACGUUAUUCUGACCAACUGGCCCUCCAAAUACACCUCCGCUGUCUUCAACCAGGAUCUCAGCGAUCACUGCCUCAUUGCCUGUAUCCGCUACAGAGCCGCAGUCAAACGACCACCCCUCAUCACUGUCAAACGCUCCCUAAAACACUUCUGUGAGCAGGCCAUUCUAAUUGACCUGGCCCGGGUAUCCUG